AACAGCAAGCAAUGCAGGUGUUGAAGCACGGUGGCUAGGAAAAACUCCCUACAAAGGCCGGAACCUAGGAAGAAACCUAGCGAGGAACCAUGCUAUGAGGGGUGGCCAGUCCUCUUCUGGCUGUGCCUGGUGAAGAGUUAUUAAAAAAUCAUGAGCUGGCGCACACCCAGAGUGUGGAGGUUCUGACUAACAGCAUAUAAACUCCCAGCAAUUUUAAUGGAUAUUUACCAGCGUUUCUGCAUCACUGUACCUUCCUCAGGGUAGGAAGGCACAAACAUGUUUAUGUCAUAGUACAUAUAUUACGCUAUUAUCAUAUAGAAACGUAAUUGAAUAUUAUACAUAUUAGAAUCAACAUACAUUAUUGUUGAAUUCAAAUUCACAUUGUUUUGUAUUUCAUAUUUGUUACAUGUGAUCUUUUGGUUCAAUCUUCAUGUAUAAUGAGUGUCAUCAACAGGGGGAACAUAUUAGGAGUAUGGGGGGGGCUACACUCUGAAUUUGAAGGAAAAAGUCUUAACUCAAAGACAAAGUAGUUAUUGGAUAAUACCGGUUCAGUAAGUUGUAAGAUGCAAUCAUUGGAUGGUGCAAGGGUAGAGUCUCUCUGCUGGAGGAAGUGUUGCAGCGCUUGCAAGCCUCCAGUGUGUGGGAUCUUAGUGUACAAGCUCUCCACAUCAAAAGUGGCCAGCAGGGUGCCCUCUAGUAUCCUUCCUAAGCCCUCUAUCAAUGGGAUCAUGUGACUAGUGUCUCUGACGUAAGAUGGGAGAUUCUCACAGAAGAGAUUAUAACAGAACAUUGCCAAGAUGUUCAUUGAUGACCAGCAGGGUCAGAUAAUAAUCAGUGGUUUUAGAGGGUGCAACAGGUCAACACCUCAGGAGUAAAUGUCAGUUGGAUUUUCAUAGCCGAUCAUUCAGAGUAUCUCUACCGCACCUGCUGUCUCUAGAGAGUUGAAAACAACAGGUCUGGGACAAGGUAGCACGUCCAGUGAACAGGUCAAGGUUCCAUAGCCGCAGGCAGAACAGUUUGAAACUGUAGCAGCAGCACAACCAGGUGGACAGCAAGGAGUCAUCAGGCUAGGUAGUGUUGAGAGUGAGCGAAAGAGAGGAUAUACACACAGGACACCGGAUAAGACAGGAUAAAUACUCCAGAUAGAAGACUGACCCUAGCCCCCUAACGCAUAAACUAUUGCAGCAUAAAUACUGGAGGCUGAGACCUGAGGGGUCUGGAGACACUGUAGCCCUGUCCGUCGAUACCCCCGGACAGGGCCAAACAGGCAGGAUAUAACCCCACCCACUUUGCCAAAGCACAGCCCUUGCACCACUAGAGGGAUAUCUUCAAUCACCAACUUACCAUCCUGAGACAAGGCUGAGUAUAGCCCAUGAACAUCUCCCCCACUCUAUGAACCUGAGGUGGGGUGCCAACCCGGACAGGAAUAUCACGUUAGUGACUAAACCCACUCAAGUGACGCACCCCUCCUAGGGAUGACAUGGAAGAGCACCAGUAAGCCAGUGACUCAGCCCCUGUAAUAGGGUUUGAGGAAUAGAAUCCCAGUGGAGAGCGGGGAACCGGCCAGGCAGAGACGGCAAGGGCGGUUCGUUGCUCCAGUGCCUUUCCGUUUACCUUCACACUCCUGGGCCAGACUACACUCAAUCAUAUGACCCACUGAAGAGAUGAGUCCUCAAUAAAGACUUAAAAGGUCGAGACUGAGUCUGCGUCUCUCACGUGGAUAGGCAGACCAUUCCAUACAAAUGAAGCUCUAUAGGAGAAAGCCCUGCCUCCAGCUGUUUGCUUAGAAAUUCUAGAGAUGGUAAGGAGGCCUGUGUCUUGUGACCGUAGCGUACGUGUAGGUAUGUAUGGCAGGACCAAAUCAGAAAGAUGGGUAGGAGCAAGCCAAUGUAAUGCUUUGUAGGUUUGCAGUAAAACCUUGAAAUCAGCCCUAGCCUUAACAGGAAGCCAUUGUAGAGAGGCUGGCACUGGAGUAAUAUGAUAUAUUUUUUAAUAUUUUGUCAAGACAAGAUUCUAGCCACCGUGUUUAGUACUAACUGAAGUUUAUUUUGUUCUUUAUCUGGGUAGCCGGAAGGUAGAGCAUUGCAGUAGUCAAACCUAGAAGUGACAAAAGCAUGGCUAAAUUUUUUUGCAUUAUUUUUGGACAAAGUUUCUGAUUUUUGCAAUGUUACGUAGAUGGAAAAAAGCUGUCCUUGAAACAGUCUUGAUAUGUUUGUCAAAAGCGAGAUCAGGGUCCAGAGUAACGCAAAGAUCCUUCAGUUUUAUUUCAGACGACUGUACAACCAUCAAGAUUAAUUGUCAGAUUCAAAAGAAGAUCUCUUUGUUUCUUGGGACCUAGAACUGGCAUCUCUGUUUUGUCUGUUUAAAAGUAGAACAUUUGCUGCCAUUCACUUUCCUAUGUCUGAAACACAGGCUUCCAGGAAGGUCAAUUUUGGGGCUUCAGCAUGUUUCAUCGAAAUGUACAGCUGUGUGUCGUCCGCAUAGCAGUGAAAGUUAACAUGUUUCCAAAUGAUACCACCAAGAGUUAAAAUAUAUAGUGGUCCUAAAACUGAGCCUUGAGGAACACUGAAAUUUACAGAGACAAACUGAUAUCUUUCUGACAGAUAAGAUCUAAACCAGACCAGAACAUGUCCGUGCAGGCCAAUUUGUGUUUCCAAUCUCUCCAAAAGAAUGUAGUGAUUGAUAUUAUCAAAAGCAACACUAAGGUCUAGGAGCAGAUGCAGAGCCUAGGUCUGACGCCAUUUAAAAGGUAAUUUACCACCUUCACAAGUGCAGUCUCCCUUUGCGGGAUGCGCGGGGGAUAUGGUCACUAGUGUAACCAGGAGGAGAGGCCUCAUUUAACACAGUAAAUUCAUCAGGCUCAAGCCAUGUUUCAGUCAGGCCAGUCACAUCAAGAUUAUGAUCAGUGAUUAGUUCAUUGCCUAUAACUGCCUUGGAGGUGAGGGAUCUAACAUUUAAGUAGCCCUAUUUUGAGAUGUGAAAUAUCACAAUCUCUUUCAAUAAUGACAGGAAUGGAGGAGGUCUUUAUUCCAGUGAGAUUGUUAAGGCAAACACCGCCAUGUUUAGUUUUGACCAACCUAGACCGAGGCACAGACAUGGUCUCAAUGGGGAUACCUGAGCUGACUACACUGACUGUGCUAGUUAGUGGCAGACUCCACUAAGCUGCCAUUCCCUUCGACAUUUGGAAAUUAUUGCCCAGGGAUAGAUAGCUUUAAAAAAUAAAAAAAAUGUUUUCAGAAAUCAAGUGUUCAGAUAGAUGUGAUUAGCACAUUUCAUAUUUUCACUCUUAAUAUAUUGAGAAAAAAAGUGUUGGGUGGAGUAAAUUAAGUUACCAAUACUUUUGAUACCAGUACCAAUACAACUGCUCCACACAUGUUAAUAAUCUGUCAUAACUCAAUAUACUGUGAACAACGGUGGCUUAUGUCUUAAGUGUUCAGACAGUCUUUCAACCAGCUAUGCUAAAUGCUCCUAUACAGUAAUGUAGGGUGAAACUGUAACUCUCUCUAUUGGUGCAAAAUAGCCAUAAAACAAUAAAAUUGUGGACCAGGUUUAAAAGCGCUGUAACACUAACCAUUGUGUUCAAACGGAGGCAUUAGACAUUUACAAUGUACAGACUGGAUUGUUUUGAAUCAACAUGCUUUGCUUCAAAUGUACAAAGUUAAUUGCUCAUUAUUAAACAUUGAAUACAAAAACAUAUUCACGCUGAUCGUUGAAUUAUUAAUUAAUGAAUUAUUCCACUCUAAAUGUAUGGGGAGACUUUGUAACAAUAGCACAAACUGUGAUAAUGAAGGACUCAGAGAUUGAAUAGAUUUUUUCCCCAACCUUUCUGUCAUUAUUAUCCCUUAGAAUUCUAUUGAUACUGCCUGGCCUGGAAUAUUGAUUGGUUAUUAUUAUGAUAAAAGUAAUAAAAUAUCCCAUGAUUAAACUGUGGUGUGUAUAUAUUAAUAAGAAAACGCUCAUAAUGUGCAAGACAUGAUGGCACGCGCACAGAGGUCUUCUGCAAGAUGUCUAUCGGAUGGUGGUGAGAGAUCUGAUUAGUUGAGGAGAAUUAGGGGCCGUACCAGAAUGUGGUCCCAUCAUUUAUAAGCAUCUUGAAAAUGUAUAUCAUAUCUCUGCAGUUUAUGGUGUGAGAAGGUAAGUUCAUCACAGUGAAUUCAAUAUUAGCUAGCUAAGUGUAGCUAACCACACAUUGCACAAAGCAUCUUUAAGAUUCCCUUUUGAUUAGCUAGCAAGUGGUUGCUAGGUGGAGCUGGAGGAAGAUUGCUGGUUACUUAGCUGCUGGCUAGCUAGCGAACGUUAACUAUGUCGUGGCAAUGCAUAACAUCGUUGUUUCGUGUAAAAGCACAGCCUCUGCACCACUAGAGGGAUUAAACUGUUCAAUAAUGAACUUCUCUCUUGCAUAAGUAGUUACUUUAGCUAGGUCAAUAAGUAUCGGUUACUUAUUCACCUCCCAGGCCUCUGGCUAACGUUACCAGUAAAAGGCCUAGGCUUGUGGAAGCAGUGUAUUACUUGACCGCGUGUUUACAGGCAUUUACGCAUGGUCUAUUCCAUCCUAGUUGCAACCAACUACGAAAUCGGCCGGUCAUGGAGGUCAAUGGGUGCGAUGAACAUCAGAAUUAUGAAAUACUUGCAGAGAUAGGCGAAGGCGCAUAUGGCAAGGUGUACAAGGCCAGAGAGGUCCGCGAUCAACAGCGACUCGUAGCGGUGAAGAAGUUGAACAUACCCGGACACACGGAGAGUGGGAUUCCUGCUUUCAUGAUCCGAGAGGUGGCGCUCUUGCGUAAGAUCGGGUAUUUCAACCAUCCCAACAUUGUAAAGUUGUUGGACGUAUCUGCUGGUCUGAAGAACAGGAGUUUGGACCUGACGCUGGUGUUUGAGUACAUCGACCAAGACCUGUCUACCUUCCUCACCACGGUCCCCAGCACUGGACUGAGUCUUGACAAAAUUAAAGAUGUGAUGGUGCAGCUGCUGCAGGGGCUGGACUUCCUGCACACCAACAUGCUGGUGCACCGCGACCUGAAGCCGGAGAAUGUACUGGUUAGUAGCCGUGGAGAGGUGAAGAUCGCUGACUUUGGGCUGGCACGCAUCUACACCUAUCACAUCGCCCUUACACCCUGUGUGGUGACACUGUGGUACAGGGCCCCCGAGGUGCUGCUCCACUCUGGUUACAUGUCCUCCGUGGACAUGUGGAGCGCUGGCUGCAUUUUUGCCGAACUGUUCCUUUUGAGACCGUUGUUCCGUGGAUACACUGAGGCUCAGCAGCUCCUGAAAAUCUUUGAGGUGAUUGGCUUGCCCAGCGAGGAGGACUGGCCCAGGGAGAGCCCCAUCUCAUACUCCCGUAGCUGGUGCCCCAGAGACCCCUGCACCCAGCUCUUAUCCAACCUGGGCCAGGAGGAGAACAACCUACUCCUUCAAUGUCUAGAGUUCAGCCCGACCAAUCGCAUCUCAGCUUCCAGAGCCCUCUCCCACCCUUUCCUGGUGUGCGCCUGAGGACUCAUAACCUGGCAGGAUGUGGAGAGGAUGGAGGAGAGCCGGGACAGAGGUUCAUUUCCCUUGGAAUCCUUUUACCUAGCCUAUAGAACACUGAGGGUGCUCAUGCCGUAAGAUCCAAUGUACCUAUAUCGAAAUGUAGAAUUUUUUGGAAUGGAAAUAAAAGUGAAUUUUCUUUAGAAGGUAAAUCUGCAGGUUAAGCAAUAAAGUGGGCACCAUGCCACUGUUUUGGUAAAAGGUUGAGAGAUGGGGGUGGCGAAAUUGAACUAAUCUCAAAUUCAUAGACAGAGCUGAGGAUGCAAAGA